AUGGGUGAUCAUCCUUAUCGUCACGUGAGCAACACUGCUCCUUAUCCGACUCAGGAUAUUGGUCCAAGUGAAUCAUCUUCAUCUAAUCCUCCAAGUAUGACAGAAGUGACUUCAGGGUUGGAGGAUUUACAUUUACCACCUAACCAGAAUAAAAAUUACGGUAGUGGGAAUAUUGUCAAUCAAAGUGUCAAUAUGCCGCCACAACAACCACCGGGAUCCAAUAUGCAACUACAAUCUAUAUCACCGCGUGAUCAAGCACAAUUUAAUCAACAGAAUAUUCAACUGCAGAGACCAAUAUCUCCAAGACCACCAAAUCAACGUCUGAAUAAUCUGCUGUCGUCACAAAGACUGUUUCAACAAAUCCAACAACAACAGCAACAACAGCACCAAAAUCAACAACAAUUCUCGCCAUCUAUAAAAUAUGCAUCUGACGGUUAUUCAAAUUCUCCAUAUUCACCUAUGGACUCAAACAAUCUUUAUCAACAAGAUCAAUUCAAGGCUUCACCAACAUUAAAUGCAACUCCAGUCAAGUCUCCACCAGUUGAUGCUCCAUAUCCAGUUUAUGAUGCUCCUAGUCCACCUCCAGUAUUUGCCUCUAAAGAAAGUAUUGUGAUUUCUCCACCAUCAGUGCCGUUAUCAGCUACAUCUUCAGUAACCAAUUUGAAUUUGAAUCAAGCUGAUAUUUAUCAUUCUCAAUCGGAAAACAAUUUGGCGGUUCAUACUGGUAAUAAAUUUGGUCAUAAUCGAUCGGUAUCUUCAACAUCAUCAUUUUUCUAUGAUCGUAGUGAUAAUGCUUCAAUGAUUGAUUUCAAUCAAAAUAUGAUUCAACUGUAUUUGGGAGCAAAUUCCAGUCAUUUAUUACCUAGAAUUAAAACAUUGGAAUUGUAUCGGAAAAAUGCUAAAAAAUCUACCGAUCCUAACGUUUUAUUUCAAUAUGCUCAAUAUAUGUUACAAACAGCAUUAUUAUUAGAAUCAGAAUUACAAAAUAUGGUCAAUAAUGGCAAUGGUAAUGGCAACGGAAGUCAAAAUGGUAAUAUAGCAGGGAUUAAUAAUGCUACAUCUUCUUCACAAUCUUCUGGUUCACAAAAUGGAACUAAUUCUCCAUUUACCAGAUCAAUUGAAAAUUCACCAAGAAAAGGUCCAUUGGAUAAUACUACUACUACUACUACUAAUGGAACUAAAGAUAAACAUACCAAGAGUAAAUCUAUAGAUUUCAAUAAUAUUGAAUUGGAAGGUAAUGAAAAGAAAUUGAAAAAGGCAUUAUUAAAAGAAGCUGUCAAAUAUUUGAAACGACUUUCUGAUAAAGGUUAUGUUGAAGCCCAAUAUUUAUUAGCUGAUGCGUAUAGUUCAGGAGCUUUAGAUAAAAUUGACAAUAAGGAAGCAUUUAUAUUAUUUCAAUCAGCUGCGAAACAUGGACAUGUUGAAAGUGCUUUUAGAACUUCAUUUUGUUAUGAAGAAGGAUUAGGAACUGGUAGAGAUUCUAGAAAAGCGGUUGAAUUUUUAAAAAUUGCCGCAUCAAGAAAUCAUCCUGCUGCCAUGUAUAAAUUGGGAGUUUAUUCAUUUUAUGGUAGAAUGGGUUUACCUGCAAAUGAUAUGAAUACGAAAAAAAUGGGUAUUAAAUGGUUAACUAGGGCUGCUAAUGUUGCCACUGAAUUAACUGCUGCUGCACCUUAUGAAUUGGGUAAAUUAUAUUAUAAUGGAUUUGAAGAUAUUGUCUUGAUUGAUAAAAAAUAUGGAUUAGAAUUAUUUGCUCAAGCAGCAGCAUUAGGUCAUUUACAAUCAGCCGCCAUUUUGGGUCAUCAUUAUGAAAUUGGAGAAAUUGUUCCUCAAGAUUCUAAUUUAUCAAUUCAUUAUUAUACUCAAGCAGCAUUAGGAGGUGAUCCAAAUUCAAUGUUGGCAAUGUGUGCUUGGUAUUUAGUUGGUAGUGAACCAUAUUUACCUAAAGAUGAUAAUGAAGCAUUUGAAUGGGCUAAACGUGCUGCCAAUUGUAAUUUACCAAAAGCUCAAUUUGCUUUAGCAAAUUUUUAUGAAAAAGGGAUUGGAUGUAUUAAAAAUAUUAAUGAAGCUCAAUCAUGGUAUAAAAAAGCUGCUGAAAAUGGUGAUGAAAAAUCUUUGAAACGAUUAACUGAUAAAGAAUUGGUUAAAACCAUUCAAAAACAAUGGAAAAAGAAACCUCCAGUAAUUCAUAAUGAAGAUGGAACUUCUACAACUAAUUCAGGAUCUCUUGCUCAAGAAAAAGAUUGUGUUAUCAUGUAA